UGUGGUGCUUGCGUGUGUGUUUUUACCGGUUGUAAAUUCCGGUGUUUGUAUGGCGUGAGCUUCUUUAGCUGGCUGCCAGGUAAAGUGGCUCGGACCUUGUCCUCCCAAUCCCUACACAUCUGAAAUACACCAAGCUCAAGGGAGAUAGGGGUUAAAGCACAGUGGGACACUGUCCCCAUGUGUCUAAUGUCCAUGCGUCAGGAGGAUGACUGUGAAGUUAGGUCCAGUAAGCCUGGGCUGUGUUCCUUGUUCAUGCUGGCUUUGUUGGACCGGGACAUGACUGCUCAUCGCUGGAUCAGUAUUAGCUAGGCUCUCUCUAUAGGAUACAAACAUUGUGUUGUUUUUUCAAAAGGUUUUAUAUUUGCCAGGAAAUAUUGUGACGUUGACAUACGUGAGACAACUGACAACAGCUUGGAACGUAACUUUUAUAUUAUAAUUAUAGUAAUACUUAAUCACUAUUACUAGAAUCUGUUCUCCACACACACACACACGCGGGCACGUGUGUGUGAAAUCUCCUUCAGACUAGUCUGAAAAUGAUAUAAACUAAAAUUGAACUAUUUCCUCACUUUCUCUCUUUCUUAAUGUGAUUAAAAAGAAUCUAUCACAACGUUUCUCCCCACCCCCAGUUCCUUUUUUCGAUGCUGUUAAACCUGUUGCUCCAUUUCUUUACCUGUUUAAACAUUAACCUUGUGGGUGUGUCUGUGACUUAAGGAGUGCCUUCCUUGGGUUACUCAAAGUCUAACAAAGCUGUGUGUGUGUGUCUGUGUGUGUGUGUUGUGACGUCGUGUGUGUGUGUGUGUGUGUGUGUGUGAGAAGUGGGUCAGUAACAUCUGAACCUUUUCGAGUAUCGGUUCCCCUUCUGUUGAAGACAAAGGGCUGACUCUUCUUCCUCUCCUCUCAGGAUAACGUGUUGAUUUCCACACCUGCCAGACCGGAGUAGUGGAUACCAGACCAGGUUCACCAAUCCCAACACGACACAGAAGCACCAUGCCUGGUCGGGCCGCUAUUUAAGUGAUUGUUGAAUGGUUCAUCCACGGACUUCCUGUUAGUAUCACGUCAGCGGGUGUGUGUUUUGCUAAUGGCCGCUUCGGAGCUGAUCCAGGACACGGAUGACACGCCGAACAACUUGGAGGUCACCUUGAUCACAGUGGACCCCCCGCCUCCCCUUCCUAUGACUCACCUGGUCGCCAACGGCAACCUCUCCUCUUCCUCGCCCUUGUCGGGGGUGCCGCGCGGGCCGAGUGGCGCCCGUCGCCCCGGCGACCACAAGUCCGCCAGCCUGGAGGACUCGCGGAGCCGCCUGAUUGGCUGCCUGCACAGCGGCCUGAAGCGUCACCGUGACUACGUGAAGAUCGCGGUGCCCCAGGAGCGCGCCAACCGGCUGCCGCGGGAGUGGUGGAAGACGGGCGUGGCCUUCCUCUACGCCCUCUUCAACCUGCUCUUCACCACCGUCAUCAUCACCUUCGUCCACGAGCGGGUGCCCGACAAGUCGGUGAGCCCCCCGCUGCCCGACAAGUUCUUCGACUACAUGGACCGCGUGCCAUGGGCCUUCACGGUGACCGAGGUCAACGGGCUGAUGCUGGUCGGACUGUUCUUCAUACAGUGGCUCUUCCUCAAGCACAAGUCUAUCGUAGCGCGGCGGUGUUUCUUCCUCAUUGGGACUCUGUACAUGUACCGCUGUGUGACCAUGUACAUCACCACCCUGCCCGUCCCGGGCAAGCACAUGGUCUGUGCUCCCAAGCUGUACAACGACUCUACAGGGAAGAUCUGGAGGGUUCUUCAACUGAUCUCUGGUGGAGGUCUGUCUCUGACCGGCUCCGACCUCAUGUGUGGGGACUUCCUGUACAGUGGACACACCGUUAUGCUGACCCUGGCUUACCUCUUCAUCGCUGAGUAUUCCCCUCGGCGGCUGUGGUGGUACCGCUGGCUGUGCUGGUUGCUAAGCGCCUCGGGGGUGGUCUGCAUCCUGGUGGGCCACGAGCACUACAGCGUCGACGUAGUGGUGGGGUACUUCGUCACCACCCGGGUCUUCUGGACCUACCACACCAUGGCCAACACACACGCACUGCGGCGGGCGCCCAACAACCUGCUGGCCAGGACCUGGUGGAACCCCGUGUUCAACUUCCUGGAGCGCAACGUCCAGGAACCGGUGCCGGUGGUGUUCUCCUGGCCCAUCACCCUGCCCUCCUCCUGCACACAGCGCUACCGCAGCGUGGACACCUCCGCACGGGACGAGUGACGAGGGAGGGAGAGAGGGAGAGAGGGAGAGAGGGAGGGAGAGAGACUAGCUAGAAUCAGUAUUGUUACACUAAAGCUGUGGCUGGAGAGCGCGUUUUCAUGACAAAUGUGAUGCUGGGUUGGAGCUAGUCUCGCAGGGCGCGCUCUCGCUGAAGUCGUGUUCUGCACAAUGAACGGCAUACAGUCCCUGGUCCAUGCCCUUUGUCCCAGAGUCUGGUUCAGAUAGGAGUAAUCUUUCUCUAAAAGACAAGGAUUACGUCGACCUGGUCCGUGUAAGAACAUGUUGCUCUGUGUCUGUCUCUCUGAAGCCUGACAAAAGCCUGUCAAAUAUGGCGUCGUUUGGAAAGUAAAUAUAUUUCCCAAAUUCUGAGAAAUACUUUUUGAAGAGCAGCUUAAUCCUGCAGCCGACCAAUAGGACACUGCCUUCUUCCCACCAAUAGCAGACCAAUGGCCAGUUGCCUCCUCCUCUACACUGGAACCAGUUGGAUCGCGGAAUUACCGACGAGCUAGCCAUGUACCCCUGCUGCCAUGGAGACGGGGAUUCGUGCCAACCAAAAUACUUUCUUGUGCCCUUUCUUUACCUCUCGUGCCAACCAGCCGAGAGAUUCCUCGGCUCACUCGGCUGACCAACUAUAAGGACCACUAUGAGGACUCUCAACCACGGCUCCUGUCUUAACCUGAGUGGGUACAGAAGACCUGACUGAGAAACCCCUGCCUUUGGAUCACAACUUUUUGGAAACCCGGUAACCAUUAUCUUCACACUCAGUCCAUGCAGAGUGUGGACUGAAAACCUGAAGCGUCCUGGUGACCAUAAUUUCCUUCUCCAGUCGUGUGUGUGUGUGUGUGUGUGUGUGUGUGUGUGUGUGUGUGUGUGUGUGUGUGUGUGUGUGUGUGUGUGUGUGUGUGUGUGUGUGUGUGUGUGUGUGUGUGUGUGUGUGUGUGUGUGUGUGUGUCCUCACAAUGACCUUCAUAAAUGCCUUAAAGCAAUGCAAAGUAUUAAGGAACAGUUGGUUCCUUGGUCUAGUAGUGCAUCAGUGUUUCUAUUUAAGAGUAAAACUGUUAUUGUUGUAAUAUAUAUGAUGAUGCUUCAUUGUGUGACACUGUUGCCACCUUGUGUUGUUGAAAACGUAAAAUGUUGAGCUACCCCUGUCACUGUAACAUGAUUGCAGAAUAAUAUGUUGGACCUUUGGUUGUUUGUUUUAAAUCGUUACUGAUUUCCUAUAGUAUACCCAAGAUGUCUGCCAACUCUGUCCCUGUCAAUUCCAAUAGUACACCCAAAAUGUCUGCCCCCUCUAGCCCUGUUAAUUCCAAUAGCACACCCAAGAUGUCUGCACCGCUGUCCUUGUCAUUUCCAAUGGUACACCCAAGAUGUCUGCCAUUUUGUACUAUCUCGUGGUACGUGCUAGGAUGCUGAUGCGUUGCCACGGAGAGGGAACCUCUAUAAACGUGCAGUGUUUUCGUCUCAGAUGUACAACUGGAAGCUGCAGGGUCCAAAUUCUGUCUGCGUUGCGUUCACAGUAUUCUAAGCUCCAGACUACUAUACACACUGUUUACACCAAUGACACAGCAGCACAAUUCUAAUGUUAAUGCUUGCAUGCUGUACUUGGGAUGCGUGUAUGCCGACAGAGCUGAUGAUUCACUAAUAAACUUGUGAACACAUUGUAUUAUGAAACUGCACACAGACCCGUUUCCUUUCUAAUGCUAGAUAUUGAACCACAUGAUUCAGUAGAUUCAUUUUUACAAUUGCUAUGAUUCACAUGUGGAUGAAUAGUGUGAGUGUGUGACACGUUGGCUUGGGUAUCUGGUUGCAUGCGUCAACCUUUCUCGCGUAAACGUACACACGCAUAAUUACACAUCAACAAAUUUGAGCUAAUGCUUUUUUGAGAAUCCUUGAAGCGUUGGAGCAAAGAUGGAGUGAUAGAGUUCUGAUGAAGGAGGGAUAGAGGAUUGAUGGAGGAGUAAUAGAGGAGUGAUGGAGGUGUGAGAUGAGUGAUCCUUUCAUUUAAGUGAAAGGAUCUCCACUCUGGUGAGUUCAGAGUGUUCAUGUGUGGUUGUUCUGGUUCCACGUAGUACCUCCUUAUGACCAGAAGGGGGCGCCUUUUUAGAGUCACAAAUGUAAUU